AUGCAUUCGCUUGUGAUUCUCAAUAUUAUAUUCGUGUCUAUAGUUUGUGCCAUUCCAGUUCCAUUCGAAUUGACAAAAUGCCUAUCAACGGACUCGAAAUGCUUGAAAUCAGUAACACAAGCUAUGAUACCAAAAUUCGCCCCAGGGCUGCCAAUCUUCAACAUCAAGUCUUUAGAUCCAAUGGAAAUUGAAAAAGUCGAUGCGAGCACCCCUAACCUUAAACUAUUGCUAAGUAAUAUUAAGGUAACGGGACUUAAAGGCUGCACUGCAAAGAAAGUAGAACGAGAUGCUGCAAAGAAAAUGAUCUCAGUGACUCUGCUAUGUAAUGUAGAUGCUGAAGGAAACUAUGACAUGAAGGGGCGCCUAUUAUUUCUUCCUCUUGAAGGAAACGACAAGUUCCAAGUCAAACUUAACAAAGCGAUCUUCAAAGUAGAAGGUAAAUAUGAUGAAAUCACCAGAGACGGAAAGGCAUACUGGGAUAUAAAAACCUGGGACCAUGCAUACAAACUGCAAGAAAAAUCGAGUGUCCAUUUCGAAAAUCUUUUCAACGGAAAUAAGGACUUGGCUAAAGCUGCUCAAGAUGUCAUUGAAAGCAAUGGAAACGAAAUCAUUGACGAGGUGGGUCCCCCAGUCGUCAAGGCCAUCGUGACCAGAAUUGUGGAGGGAGUUCAAGAAUUCUUCCACGCGAUGCCCGCAGAAAACCUAGCUUUAGAUUAA